GCAUUUAAAUUUCAAAAAACAAAAAAAGUAUAUUAAGUAUAGAUGCUUAGACAAGGAAGAAGCCAUUUCCAUGGUUCUGCAUCCAUGGAAGAGGACAAAGAUAGGGACGUAUGAAUGAUGGUCGAGGAGGAAUGGUUGCUCCGUCCAAUCAUUUUUAAAAAACCUGUUAAUUAAAUAUACAUAUUAGACUAUAAUACUCAUUAAUCACCCCAAUAAUCAAACCAUGAAAGUGGUAAUGAAAUCUGCAUUAUUAAUUAAUCAUAUUCUAACCAACCAAUCUUCCUUUCCUAGUGCUUGCUGGGUAAUCUCCCCAUUCAAAGUCAAACCCAAUUUUCCACCAGAACUUCUUGAUGAAUUUUAUCUUACAUGGUCAUAUGAACUUUGAAUAUUUGUUCAUGUUUUGAUUAGGAGUUUGGUAUUUCCAGAUUGGGGGCGAGUUCGGUUUUAAGAUGAGAAGAUGACGGAUGUUUGGAUUUCUAGACGGAUUGAGUGUUGUUUCAUCCUCCUCUUUGUGUUUAUCAGAUCAGUUUGUGCACAGAAAGAAGGUUUUGUGAGUAUAGCUUGCUGUGCAAACCAAAAUUUUACAGAGCAAAAUACAUCAAUAACUUUGGUAUCCGAUGAUGGUUGGUACCAUGAAAGAACCAGUUGCAGCAACAUAAGCCGGCCAAGAGAGAAUGGAUAUGACAGAGCUCGGAUUUUCAAUAUUGAAUCAGGGAGAAGAUGUUACAAUUUAAAGACAACAAAGAAUAGGGACUAUCUGACCAGGGGCACAUUCCUUGUUGACAAAUUUGUACAGCCUCAGGGAUCUUCUUUUGAUGUUCUGAUUGGUGUCACACCAAUUAGUGUAGUGAACUCAUUGGACGACUUGGUUUUGGAGGCGAUUUUUGGAGCUACUGAUGAGUAUAUCGACUUCUGCUUAGCUAAAAACAAGGGAGAUCUCUUCAUCUCAAAGCUUGAGCUGAGGCCACUGGACGACGAUUUAGAGUAUCUGCGGGGGAAUUCUUCUGUUGUUCUGAAAGUGAUCAAAAGAGUAGACCUGGGAAACAAUGGAGAAGAUGUCAGGUACCCAGAUGACCAAUAUGACAGAAUUUGGAGAAUACCUGAUCCUAAGACGAUUUCCCCAUCGUCACCAAUACAGGGAAGCAACAUUUCCAUCUACAAUGCUAAUGUGACGGUGCCAGCAAAAGUUCUUCAAACAGCAGUAGCUAGUCCUGAUUUGUUGCAAAUUCUUCACAAUGACCUUGACACAGGAGAUUAUAACUACACAGUAACCCUCCACUUUCUUGAGCUCGAUGACACUGUCAAAGUAGGGCAAAGAGUGUUUGACAUAUACAUCAACAGCGAGAAGACAUGGGCGAGUUUUGAUAUAUUGGCUAAUGGGUCCAACUAUGCAAGACUUGCUUUCAAUUUUACAGCAAAUGGUUCUUUAAACCUGACAUUGGCCAAGGUCCCAAAUGCGUUUGAUGCUGGACCCAUUUGCAAUGCUUAUGAGAUAUUGCAGGUGCACCCUUGGGUCCAAGGGACUAACCAAGACGAUGUUAGGGCAAUAAUGAAGGUGAAAGAUGAGCUCUUGGGGCAUAACAAAGACAUUGGGCUACGGGAUAGUUGGUCAGGAGACCCAUGCCUUCCUCUUCCUUGGGACAGUCUAACCUGCAACAGCAGCAAUGGUUUCUCUGCCAUCACUGGACUGGACCUUUCCAAAAGAAAACUUCACGGACCUCUUCCUCCCAGCAUCACUGAGCUAGCCUACUUGACAAAUUUGAAUUUGAGCUACAAUCACUUCCACGGUGAAAUCCCAGCAUUCCAAGCAUCCUCCAUGUUGAUCUCAAUGGAUUUAAGCCACAAUGAUCUUAUGGGACUUCUUCCACUCUCUCUCACCUCACUUCCAUAUCUGAAAAUUAUAUACUUUGGAUGCAAUCCCAAUCUCACCAAAGGGCCUCAAACCAGCUUCAACAGCUCAAGCUACAUGACAGAUUCUGGAGAAUGUGGUAGUAGCCAGAGAUCAAAAAGAUCGACCAGCGGAAUCAUGCUAGGCACCAUCGCUUCUGGAUCCUCUCUGAUCACAGUUGGAACAUUUUUCGCUUGCUUAUACAGAAGAAAAUAUGUGGGUCGGGGAAAAUAUGAUAGGAAAGGAAACCGGAAGACAAAAAAUGCUGUAUUCUCCAUACCCAGCACAACUGAUGUUCCUUUGAAGUCAAUAACUAUUCAAGCAUUUACUCUGCAAUACAUUGAGGCUGCCACCCAGAAGUACAGAACGUUGAUAGGUGAAGGUGGCUUUGGAUCUGUCUACCGUGGCACUCUUACUGAUGACGAAGAAGUCGCAGUAAAAGUCCGGUCAUCCACCUCAACUCAGGGUACCCGAGAGUUUGAGAAUGAGCUAAACCUUCUUUCGGCUAUUCGUCAUGAAAAUCUUGUACCUCUUCUUGGUUAUUGUUGUGAACAUGACCAACAGAUACUGGUUUACCCUUUUAUGGCUAAUGGGUCUCUGCAAGAUCGUCUAUACGGAGAAGCAGCUAAAAGGAAAACUUUGGACUGGCCAACCAGACUUUCCAUUGCUCUUGGAGCAGCUCGAGGUUUAACACAUCUACACACAUUUGCUGGGCGUAGUGUCAUCCAUAGGGAUGUCAAAUCGAGUAACAUACUUCUGGAUCAUAGCAUGUGUGCUAAGGUUGCUGACUUUGGCUUCUCAAAGUAUGCACCUCAAGAAGGCGACAGUGGCACUUCUUUGGAAGUACGAGGCACAGCCGGGUAUUUGGAUCCAGAGUACUAUUCCACACAGCAUUUGUCUGCUAAAAGUGAUGUGUUUAGCUUUGGUGUGGUUCUGCUUGAAAUCGUAAGUGGUCGGGAGCCUCUAAAUAUAAAGAGGCCACGAAAUGAGUGGAGCUUGGUCGAAUGGGCUAAACCCUAUAUAAGGGAAUCAAAGAUAGAUGAAAUUGUGGAUCCUAACAUAAAGGGAGGAUACCACGCUGAGGCAAUGUGGAGAGUGGUGGAAGUGGCAUUAGCAUGCAUUGAGCCCUUCUCAGCUUAUCGACCAUGCAUGGCUGAUAUUGUCCGAGAGCUCGAAGACGCUUUGAUAAUAGAAAACAAUGCAUCUGAAUACAUGAAGUCUAUAGAAAGUUUGGGAGGGUCCAAUCGCUUCUCAAUUGUCAUAGAGAAGAAGAUUGGUAUACCACCCACUCUUUCCCAAGUAGAACCAUCAACAAUUAACACACAAGCCUUGGCUAACCCAGAGCCAAGAUAGUCAGGGUGUUAAUGAUAUUCGUCAAUCUGUUGAUUAUCAGUUUAGUCAACAUCACAAGAUAAAUCGUAAAUGAUAAAAGAGGAAAUGAGGUUUAUCCCCAGGGCUCUUUUACUAAGAUUAUCCGACUGUUGUUCAAUUAAUCUUAUUAUUUUUUGUUGGAUCACAAAAAACUACGUUGAAGAACA